GAUCAUGCGUUUCAGUGUGUUGUAUAAUAAAGCGGUUGUUGAACAACAUGGCGGAGGAGGUGAGCACUGAGGGCGACUGCAGCUCUGCUGGGACAGACACAUUUCCCGUGGAGGAUUACGAAUGUAUAAUAUGCUACAACUACUUUGACCUAAACGUCCACAUCCCCAAACUGCUGGUCUGCUCCCACACCUUCUGCCUGGAGUGCCUGGACAAGCUGCACUCCCGGGAGGGUCGAACAUGGAGGAUCGGUUGUCCAGUGUGUCGCCACCGGACUCCGGUGCCCGACUACCGGGUGCACAACCUCCCUGACAACACCGCGGUGACCGAGGCUCUCCCGCUGAAAGAGCGUGUGACCCCAGACUUCCAUCCAGCGGGUGCAUCAGUCUCCUCUCUAGCAGCCUCCACUGAGGGCGAGGACAGUCAAGCGUUCAAGCAAGUGGCGUUCACGACGGGCUGCGUGUGCGCCAUCUUCUCCGUCCUGUCCACGGUGGUGCUGCUGUUUCUGGGCCUCAUCUUUGUGCACAACUUCAACAGCAGCAGCUCACCCCUCGGCCCAGUGUGUUUGUUCGUCUCCAGCCUCCUCGCCCUGCUCUCGCUCGUUCUCACGUGGCUGACCUGCCUGCUGAGGUACCGACCCGAAACUGGAGCGAGCAACUUCAGUGUCCACAGCUCCUAUGUAACGUGAUCGUCCGGCUGCAGAGCACGACGCAUGAACUCAUCUCAGCCAGUGUGAGAGUGUGACUUUAUAUAUUUAUAUUUACUGUGCUAAGACAUCCUUCUAGAUGCCUCUCUCAGUAUAAACGACUCAAUGACAACACAAGGACCUUUGUGGACAGAUUUUUUAUAAAAAUAAAAUGGAAACUAAAUUUACGUGCAAUUUAUUGCAUGACAUAUAUUAAAAAAUCUCGAAUCCAAUCAUCGGAAUUUUUGGCCAUAAAAUGUCUUAAAAAGUUUAAGACAGAGCUUAAGAUAAGUUUUGUUGUGAAGGUAACACUACAUGUAUAAAGUGGCAUUAAUUUUAGUCUAACUACUCAAUGUGAAAUUGUAUUGAUCCCAUUGGACAAAAACAGAAACAACAACACAAUAAAUAAAACCAUGGAAGUAUGAGUCCA